CCACCGGUGGCGCCCUUUCUCCGCAUAAUCCAAUACACCCAUGGCAUAAUCUCCAAAGUGUCUGCCAUUUACUAAAACGAGUCAGGUGUGCGUAAAGAGAACGUUGUACGGGAUUUGCGCAGUCAAACACGGAAGGGGGGUACUGGAUUCGUAACGUUACGUUACGUAGCUACUUUUUCACUGGGAGAAAUAUCCGAGGGGAUGGGCCAGAUUCUGUGGAAAUGCUGCCUCCGUUUAGCUGCUAUCCGUGCUGGGCUUCGGGAGUUGUCCGGCUGAUGGCACACACAAGCUACUGGCUUAAAGGGGAGAAUCGAAGGGCUCAUCUUGUUUCUCAAUCCCGAGGCACUCGUACCCUUCUGUAGAUAGAAAUCAUCAUGCCGAGCUCCAAUGGAGGGACGUGAAAACGACCCGCACUCCGUGAACUGCCACAGCCGACGACGUGUUGCAAUUAAGCGGAGAACCAAGAAGCCGUCAGUGUCCAGCGGUUUGAAAAAGGAUCGUGUCAUUAAUAACGCACUUUGGUGGCAUGUGUGUCAGGUUUGCCAUAACCGAGGAAGCUCCAGCUCUUUAAUUUCUCUGGAUCCAUUUAUCCUCCCGUUGUAAUUACGUUUUGUACAGUUAUUAUAAUUCUAUCGGUGAGACGUUUGUGAAUUCAUCUCCCCAACCCUGAGCCGGUGUCGGGGAGAUCGGGGCUGACGCGGCUCGGCAGUCGGAAGGAUAUGGGAGAGCGAGCGGAACCGAUGCAGUGGGUCUUGGCAAGGCAUCGUCAAAAUACAGGGCAGUGAUGCCUGGCAUGGUGAUGUUUCGGCGGCGCUGGUCAGUUGGCAGUGAUGACCUGGUGCUGCCCGCCCUCUUCCUCUUUUUAUUGCACUGCAUCUGGUUGGUGGUUCUGUCUGUGGUUCUGUUCGGCGUCCCCUAUGGCUCAGAACAGUCCUGUUCUGUAACGCUGGUGGACCAUGGCCGAGGGUACCUGGGCAUCCUGGUCAGCUGCCUUAUCUGUGAGAGCGCCAUCAUGUGGUUGAGCAUGAGAGGCAGCAUUCUGUACACACAGCCCAGGGAAGCUGUGCAGUAUGUCAUCUAUAUACGGCUCGCUAUUCUGCUGGUCGAGCUAGUAUAUGCUGUGGUGGGAAUUGCCUGGCUUCUCCAGUAUUACCAGCCAUGCUCUGAUGUCACUGCCAAAAACCUGGCUUUGGGAAUCGUUGCGUGCAACUGGCUAGUGAUAUUCAGCGUUUGCAUUACCCUCAUGUGCACCUUUGAUCCUACGGGUCGGACUUUUGUCAAACUGAAAGCCACCCGUCGGCGUCAGCGCAACCUCACUACGUACACUCUCAGACACCGGCUAGAGGAAGGACAAGCCAGCAGCUGGAGCAGGAGACUUAAGUUCUUCAUGUGCUGCACAAGAGCCCAGGAUACCCAAUCAGAUGCGUAUUCAGAAGUGGCCAGCCUUUUUGCAGAGUUCUUCAGAGACCUGGACAUUGUGCCUAGUGAUAUUAUUGCUGGCCUGGUACUUCUCCGCCAGAGGCAGAGGUCUAAGAGAUCUGCUAUCCUGGACCAGGCCAACAAUGACAUUUUAGCCUUCUUAUCUGGAAUGCCUGUCACUCGUAAUACUAGAUACCUGGACCUUAAGAACUCGGCCGAGAUGAACAUGUACAAGGAUGUCUGUUAUUACAUGCUCUUUGCCCUGGCUGCAUACGGUUGGCCCAUGUACCUAAUGAGGAAGCCUGCCUGUGGGCUGUGCCGCCUCGCCAGCUCCUGCCCCUGUACCUCAGUGUCUGGCUCUCGGUUGUCUCAGUCUGUGACAGUGGAGGAGGACAAUUGUUGCGGCUGUAAUGUUUUGGCCAUACGGAGACACUUCCUGGACAGGGACCUCAAGCAGGUUCAGAUUGUCUACACUUCCUGCCACGAUGCUGUUUAUGAGACUCCGUUUUUUGUGGCAGUGGAUCAUGCGAAAAAAAAGGUUGUCAUCAGUAUCAGAGGAACCCUAUCACCAAAGGACGCCUUGACUGAUCUGACGGGGGAUUCUGAACGUUUGCCUCUAGAGGAGCAGCACGGGACCUGGCUUGGCCACAAGGGGAUGGUUUACUCAGCAGAAUACAUUAAGAAGAAACUGGAGCAGGAAAUGAUCUUGUCACAAGCCUUUGGAAGAGACUUGAACAAGGGCACAAUGCACUAUGGGCUGGUCAUAGUUGGGCAUUCUCUCGGUGCAGGCACUGCUGCUAUCCUCUCCUUCCUGCUGAGACCUCAGUACCCCACACUUCACUGCUACUCUUACUCUCCCCCUGGUGGCCUUUUUAGUGAGGAUGCCAUGGAGUACUCCAAAGAGUUUGUCACAUCUGUGGUAUUAGGAAAAGACCUUGUACCGAGGCUUGGCCUGUCACAACUGGAGGGUUUCCGACGCCACCUUCUGGAAGUCUUGCAGAAAAGUAACAAGCCAAAGUGGAGGAUCAUUGCGGGAGGCACCAAAUGCAUUCCGAAAUCAGAGCUUCCAGUGGAGGAUGAGGAUCCUCAGUCUCAGCCAGCAGCGCCCCCCAGCAGUCGCCUGUGGCUUCACCCCAGUGACCUCAGCAUUGCCCUUUCAGCCUCCACCCCCCUCUACCCUCCUGGCAAGAUUAUCCACGUGGUGCACAACCAUCCCCCAGAGACAUGCUGUGGCCAGGAGGAGCCAACCUACUCAGCUCUGUGGGGGGACAACAAGGCCUUCGAUGAGGUUAUCAUAUCACCCGCCAUGCUUAAUGAGCACAUGCCCCACAUGGUGAUGGAGGGCCUUAACAAGGUGCUGGAAAACUACAACAAAGGGAAAACCGCUUUGCUGUCAGCAGCCAAGAUCAUGGUGAGCCCCACAGAAGUGGACUUGAACCCAGAGAACAUGUUCGUGGAUACAUCAACAACUUCUCAGCAGCCAACGCCUACAACCCACCACCGCAGGAACAGUAGUGUUCGAGCAGUUGCAACGUAUGGUAGUAUUCAAUUCCAACCUCACCCCCUCUGGCUUAGCCCCUGUCCAAAUUCGUGUGCCCAGUCUGAAAUAUCUCUGGAUGGUUUCUCUGAGUGCCCUCCUCCCCCAGUGCCUGUAGUGCUGCGUGGAGCACGGGAGCGCCUGGCAGUGGAGCUGAGGGACCGCAAAGCACCUCUGGCUGUCAUGGAGAGUCUCUCAGAUGCCGAAUCCCUCUAUAGUCUGGAUUCCCGACGCUCCUCAGCUGCGCUGAGAGGUUCACCAAUGCUGAGUUGUCUCCCUUUCCCUUUGGAUGCCCCGAUCCCUGAGGAGAACCCGUCUCUCAGCUCUCGCACUGAACUACUGGCUGCUGACUGCCUCUGCCAGGAAACGCCAGAGCACCUGGGUGAGGUUGGGCCCUUCUUUACCCCACUGGAAUCCAGAUCCACCCCGGAUUACCCCAUGCGGCUGUCUCCAGCCACACCUCGCUACAGUGGACACCAUUCUCCAGCUCUGCUAAACCAGAGCGCCUUGGCUCAGCCGUUUAAGCCAGAGCCUAACGUCAACCGAAAAAUGCUUCCUGACGGGGAUCACCAACAGAUGCCUGGUGUCUACAGCCCAGGGAGCACUCCUAACACUCCCCUCAGCCCACAAAUUGGUUCGAGACCAAUGGAUAGAGAAAAUGAAGAUUGGGAGCUGGAGACAGCAGAGAAACAGUUAAGUGCAGAGACCAGACCAGCAGCUUUUACUCCUCCACCCCAACUAUCCAAUGGAAACCCCAGCCAGGCAGUGCUGGAGUUCGCCCAGUACUUAGACUCUCUAUUCAGACUGGACGGCAGCAGCUCACCGCCUCUGGAGCUGUCUGACGGGGAGUCAGAGUCGGGCCGGGGCUCCUUCGGGCAGGGUGAGUGUCUCGGAGAUGGACAGCUGUUGGAUGACAAACAACUUCUGGCCAGAGCAACACUGGAGCCUAACCUUGUCCCCAAGCCCCCACGCACUUUUGCUGGAUCUGCUGACCCCUCUUCGGGCAUCUCUUUGUCACCCUCCUUCCCUCUUUCGUCGUCUGAGGAGCUCAACGACCUUUCCCCCGCCGAGGGCGCCCUGCCAGCCAUGAACUCCCUACGAACAUCUAGCCCUUGCCACUGUCCUGAAGAGAACACACUGUCAUCUAUGGUGUAGUGUGCUCCCAAGACUCUAAUGUCCUUUGCUCUAAAUUGAGAGGUGCAGUCAUCCAAAAUUUUAAACAUAUCACAGUACAUGCAUGCGAUGGAAUGCAGCCACUCAUCAGAGAUCCAAUGACAGAAAUUGACUGACCAACUCACAAACUAUUUCCAUUCUUCAGGUGCCCCCGGUGAAUGCUGUUUAUAGCAUUUUCACACUAUUGCAAUGACUAAGAUAAAAAAGAUACCUCUCUCUGCAUGCCAGGGGGCUGUACUGCUUUUAGGUGAAUAUAAUUAACUGUAGCUUCACAAUACCAUUCCAAAACAAUGUUGUCUCACCCACGUAGAGACGCAUCAGCAUUACAUCAAAUCCCUGACUUAACAAAAUCAAAGGGAGAAUACUUAACUGAGCAGGGAUUCAAAAACUAACACUGUAGAAGAGGUUAGCAUAGGCACAUCAUCUGGGUUGAUGUACUGUACAACUUCCUGCACCACUCAGCAGCUCCGGAAAUCUUGUCCAGCUUUUGUUUCAUUUUAUUUUUUCAAAUCAGGAAUGUGAAGAUGGACAUAUUCAUCACUCAAUAGAAGUGAGAAGACAUUAUGAAAUGUUCCUCAGGUCUAUAAAGAAUUGACUUUGAGAAAGAGAGUAAGUGUGUUACAUUGGUGAGAAUUCAUGUGUCUUAAAAGAUUUUAGUGAUUGUGACAAAGUUAUUACAGACGCCUAUGGAUGUUUUUGAGUCUUUUGGUUACUCUUUAUAGUGCAUGAAGUUUUUUUAUUUAUUUAAUUUUAAAGAGACAUUGUCAAUAAUCCACUUAGAUUGACAUUUGGAUACUCUUGCACACAUCAUAUUGCUCAAUUAACCCCCCUUUGCCAAAAAAUGUAAUACAUUGUAUGCCAAAUGUAUUUAUGAGAUGUAGUUUUGUAUAUGUAAAUGGAUAUUGCUUUACUUAAACACAAGCUAAGUUCAUUAUUUCCUUCCCAUUCUGUUUGUUUCCAUGUAGACUGUUACACAGCAACACCACAGAAAAGAUGCCACCCUGACCUUAAAACACUGCCAUGGCUUUCAUUGGGAAACCUCUGUACCUUGGGUUUGAUAUAAUAAUGCACUUGGUAAUAGUUGUCCUAGUCUCAUAGCUACUGUACCUUACUCUUUGGAGAGCUCUUAGCAAUGUGUCCAGGUCAGGGUCUGCAUGCGUUAUGCAUUACAGAGUAGCAUGGAUGGUAUAGAACAAGUCUUGUCAUUAAGUCCCAGUAAAUAAGCUCUAAACCUGUUCAGGCAUGAUAAUAUAUGUAAACGCAAACCUCAUAGAGGCUUUUAAAAUGCCCGGGUCACCAGACAGGACCAAACUGUGUAUUCUAAAAGUGUCCCCAGGAUAUCAUCUCUCUUGUUCUCAAGGUGCUCUCAGUCAUUUUGGACAUCAAGGUGUUUGCUUCCCUUUAAUGCGGUUCAUCUCAAACAUCCUUGAGGUUGGACUGAAUGAAUAAAUGGGCUUGAAAUUCACGUAUGGCAAUUCUGAAUAAUGUACGUGGCAUACAAUCUUCCAUAUCACUCUGGGUGUAACAGGUGGCUCAUAAUUUGCAUUAUUUAUUACCGUUAAUGUUAUCACUUUUAUUGCUAUAUUUGAUGGUAUUAUUAUCAUUAUUGCUCUUGCAACAGAUUGGUUUGAUGUCAGUGGUUUUUAUCUCAGUUUUUUGGGACAGUGUGGGGAACUUUUUAGACUUUCCCAAAUGUAAGAAGUUAUAUAUUUCAGCUUUUUUUCUGUCCGAGUGGAAAAGUAUUUGACAUUCUGCCAUAGCAUGGUGAGAAUAUGCUCUUUUUACAAAUGUUUCAUAGUGGUGAGACAUGCUGCAAAGUGACAUCCUGCUCACAGUGACCUUUGGUGCAUUGCCACCGUCAAGCCUGGAGUUACUAUAGUGGUCUGCACAGUCCCUCUAUUUGGAUUUAGAUUUGCUGUGAUUACUCACAGCUGACAGUUCCAGCUAGUUUACAGUCUGACACUACUCAAAUCAUGCUGCCAGUCCCAGUAGACUCUCACAAGAUACACUAAGGUAGGGCCAGCAAUUUCGUAUGGUCCGUAGCUUUGCUUGCAGCUGUUCAUACACAGAAACACUGAAAGAAAGCACUAUAAUACUUUCCACCAUGAUGUGUACAGCACCAUGUUCUAUGUGUAAUUAUUUAUGCAGAUGUCUAAAAAAAUACCAAUAGAGUCAUGUAAAAAACAACUAUAUAACAAUAAGGAGAUAAUGACUAUAUUAAAAGAUAUCAGUUUUGACAUAUAGAAAAAAAUAGUUCAUCUGAAAGUUAUUUAUUCAAACUAUUGGCAGAUUUGCAAAUUGGUCUAUAUUGAAAGAAUAAUUCAACUAUGUCUUGUCCAUGUUUACCUGGUUUGCUUCCCUUCCUUUCCUGCCCCACAAUGAGAAUGUAUUAAAUCCCUCCCCCUCACUGCCCUGUCUGUAAUGGAAUAAACUACAAACCAUGGAAAUAAC